AUGCAGACGGCUAAGCCUCUGCCGCAUGCGCACCUCAACCGUCCCGACCCCCAGCGGGCGGUGGGAAGCCCACAGGGGGCGUCUACCCAGACACCCUGUAACGCCACCAUUCGCCAGAGGAGCGUGAAAGGUGCCAGAUCGCCGGGCCGCCGCGAUCUCAGCAGAUCCAGUGCCGCCUCCUCCGCUGAAGCGCACAGCGUCCUCGACAGCACUCGGGCCAUGGAGCCUCUGUCUCAGAGCAGCCACGAUGCCAACGUAGAUGCGGCUGCCGCCGCCGCCGCCGGCUGCCUCAGCCCCGGGGUCCACGAGGAGCGGGAAGGAGCGCAGGAAGCCAAGUCCGUGGGGGUCUUGGUUACCGGAGACGGGGGAGAGGAGCAGAUGGCUCAGUCCGAACCUGAGCAGGGGGCAGCGGCGGAAGGGAAAGAGGCGGGAGAUGAAGGAGAAGGCGAUGAAGGCGGCGAUCCCCGAGACGGAGGUCGAGGUGGAGGCCGAGAUCGAGUCGAGGUGGAGGCGGAGGCCGAGGCCGAGCCCAUGGAUGAGGACGCGGUCCAGGCGGGAGCGGGCGGCGCGGAGGGCGGAGACCUGGGCGGGGCGGAGCAGCCCCCUCGGGCCGCCGUCGAGGCCGCAGACGCGGCGCAGCGGGUGCCCCGGGCCAAGUUCACGCAGGUGCAGGUGCAGGAGCUGGAGCGCAUUUUCCGUCGCAUUCAGUACCCCGACGUGCUCACGCGGCAGGAGAUUGCAAGACGCUUGGGAGUGACUGAAGCCAGAGUGCAGGUUUGGUUUAAGAACCGAAGGUCCAAGUGGAGGAGCCGCCAGAGGGCAGUGAGGUGCAGAAGCGUGUCCCCUGUGCUCCUGGUCCCCCGUGUCGUCGUCAGCUUGGGCGGACCCUUCGGUGCCACCCUCAUUCAGGAGCCGCCUCGGAUGUGGGUUCUGAUGGAGCCCCUGCCGCUGGGGCACUUCCCGGGGCACUUCCUGGGGCACUUCCCGGGGCACUUCCUGGGGCACUUCCCGGGGCCCAACCUGGGGCCGCCCCUGCCGCUCCUGAUGCCUCUGCUGCCCCUGCCGCCCUUCCCACCCUUCCUGCCCUUCCCGCCCCUGCCGCACCUGCCGCCCCUGCUGCCCUUCCCCCCCUUCCCGCCCUUCCCGCCUCUGCCACUCCUGCCACCCUGCCACUCCUGCCACCCUUCCCUCCUCUGCCCUGGCUCCUCCCACCUUUGCUCCCCUGUGGCUGCCCUCACCCUCACGCGGCCUGGUUUGAUCCCCUGCCACCAGGGGUCUUUCUGUAGCCCCAGGUUCCUCUCCAAAGGUCUCUGUGACCCUUUCUUCAAAACGGCUAAGCCUCUGCCGCAUGCGCACCUCAACCGUCCCGACCCCCAGCGGGCGGUGGGAAGCCCACAGGGGGCGUCUACCCAGACACCCUGUAACGCCACCAUUCGCCAGAGGAGCGUGAAAGGUGCCAGAUCGCCGGGCCGCCGCGAUCUCAGCAGAUCCAGUGCCGCCUCCUCCGCUGAAGCGCACAGCGUCCUCGACAGCACUCGGGCCAUGGAGCCUCUGUCUCAGAGCAGCCACGAUGCCAACGUAGAUGCGGCUGCCGCCGCCGCCGCCGCCGCCGCCGCCGCCGGCUGCCUCAGCCCCGGGGUCCACGAGGAGCGGGAAGGAGCGCAGGAAGCCAAGUCCGUGGGGGUCUUGGUUACCGGAGACGGGGGAGAGGAGCAGAUGGCUCAGUCCGAACCUGAGCAGGGGGCAGCGGCGGAAGGGAAAGAGGCGGGAGAUGAAGGAGAAGGCGAUGAAGGCGGCGAUGUCGGUGUGGGAGCCGCGGGCCCCGCGGGCGGCGAAAGCCCCGAGACGGAGGUCGAGGUGGAGGCCGAGAUCGAGGUCGAGGUGGAGGCGGAGGCCGAGGCCGAGCCCAUGGAUGAGGACGCGGUCCAGGCGGGAGCGGGCGGGGCGGAGCAGCCCCCUCGGGCCGCCGUCGAGGCCGCAGACGCGGCGCAGCGGGUGCCCCGGGCCAAGUUCACGCAGGUGCAGGUGCAGGAGCUGGAGCGCAUUUUCCGUCGCAUUCAGUACCCCGACGUGCUCACGCGACAGGCGAUUGCAAGACGCUUGGGAGUGACUGAAGCCAGAGUGCAGGUUUGGUUUAAGAACCGAAGGUCCAAGUGGAGGAGCCGCCAGAGGGCAGUGAGGUGCAGAAGCGUGUCCCCUGUGCUCCUGGUCCCCCGUGUCGUCGUCAGCUUGGGCGGACCCUUCGGUGCCACCCUCAUUCAGGAGCCGCCUCGGAUGUGGGUUCUGAUGGAGCCCCUGCCGCUGGGGCACUUCCCGGGGCCCAACCUGGGGCCGCCCCUGCCGCCCCUGCCACCCCUGCCACCCCUGCCACCCUUCCCUCCUCUGCCCUGGCUCCUCCCACCUUUGCUCCCCUGUGGCUGCCCUCACCCUCUCGCGGCCUGGCUUGAUCCCCUGCCACCAGGGGUCUUUCUGUAGCCCCAGGUUCCUCUCCAAAGGUCCCUGUGACCCUUUCUUCAAAGUGCCUUUGAGCCAGAUUCGAAUUCUGCAUACCUCAGCCUUAGGAACAGUUCACCAAAUGCCCACUAAGUGUAUUAAAUGCAAGUGCAGAGUCACUGACCCACGAUUUUAGGGCAUGUUUUUGUGUGUUCAAUAAAGUUGUGAA